GGGGUGAGACGAUAAAAUAGUCUAUCGCUUUAAAUCACAAUCUCUGAUAAAGCAGAGAUCAUAAAGUCCUGGUGGAAAUUGGGGAAAUCACAGACCAGUCUUUUUGCUAAAUAUAACUUGCAGAAUUAUAUUUCAGAGUGCCGUUGACGAGUUGUAAUAUUAAUACUGAUCAUUCCGUUUAUCACUGUGUUCAUUUAGGUAGGUAUUUUAAGCAUUCUGAAUUGCGUACCAAAGAAAUGGUGAUGGAGAAGCCAAGUCCCCUGCUUGUAGGGCGGGAGUUUGUGAGGCAGUAUUACACACUCUUAAACAAGGCGCCAGACUUUCUGCACAGGUUCUAUGGAAGACACUCCUCCUAUGUUCAUGGUGGGCUGGAUGCCAGCGGGAAACCGGCAGAGGCUGUAUAUGGGCAAGCUGAGAUCCACAAGAAGGUGAUGUCCCUUCAGUUCAGUGAAUGCCACACGAAGAUCCGGCACGUGGAUGCCCACGCCACCCUGAACGAUGGCGUUGUGGUUCAGGUCAUGGGGGAGCUCUCCAACAGCGGACAGCCAAUGAGGAAGUUCAUGCAGACCUUCGUGCUCGCUCCUGAGGGUUCGGUGGCCAAUAAGUUCUACGUGCACAAUGACAUCUUCCGCUACGAAGACGAGGUGUUUGGCGAUUCCGAGGCCGAGCUGGAAGAAUCUGAAGAGGAGGUGGAAGAGGAACAGGAAGAGCGGCAGCUCUCGCCAGAGCCCCUCCAGGACAGCCCCAGAAGCACCGCCUACUACGAGCAGCAUCCUGUGACUAAUGGCGUGGAGGAGGCACUGGAGGAGCCUGCUCCUGAGGCAGAACCUGAGCCUGAGCCAGAGGAGGUGAAGAAGGUCGAGGAGGAGCCCAAGCCCAAUAUCGAGGAGAAGGUUCUGGAAGAGCUGGAGGAAAAAGUGCCGUCUCCCGUUCCAGUGGAGUCCCCGCCCCACGCCCAGGAGCAGCCGAAGACCUUCUCUUGGGCUUCAGUGACCAGUAAAAACCUGCCUCCUAGCGGUACCACGACUUCCUCUGGAAUUCCUCCCCAUGUUGUUAAAGCCACAAGUUCACAGCCGAGAGUGGAGCCCAAGCAGGAAGCCCAGCCGCCCGUCCCGCGGGCGAGAGACCAGCGCACGCGCGAGAGGCCUGGGUUCAUCCCGCGGGGACCCCGACCCGAUGGAGUGGCGUCGUCGGAUUCGCAGGCAGGAAAGCCGCACUUCAGCUUCAUAAACAAAGGGAGGGGAGAUUCGGAAGCCAAUGAGAUGGAGGGCCGGCGGGUCGUGAGGUAUCCAGACAGCCACCAGCUCUUCGUCGGCAAUCUGCCACACGACAUCGACGAGAGCGAACUGAAGGACUUCUUCAUGACCUUUGGAAAUGUCGUCGAGCUGCGCAUCAACACCAAGGGCGUCGGAGGGAAGCUGCCCAACUUUGGCUUCGUGGUCUUCGAUGAUUCUGACCCUGUGCAGAGAAUUCUGGGUGCAAAGCCCAUCAUGUUCCGCGGCGAGGUGCGGCUGAACGUGGAGGAGAAGAAGACGCGCGCCGCGCGCGAGCGGGAGACCCGCGGCGGGGACGACCGCCGGGACAUGCGCCGCAACGACCGCGGCCCCGGGGGGCCCCGCGGCAUCAUGGGAAGCGGAAUGAUGCGGGAUCGGGACGGGCGGGGCCCUCCUCCGCGCGGCGGGAUGGCUCCCAAGCCGGGCCUGGGUUCGGGAAGAGGAGCCGGGCAGGGCGGGGAGAGCCGAUUCACCACCCAGCGACGCUGAGUGCGCCACCUGCAGUUCGGAAGUAGUACCACGUUCUUCAUCUUUGCGUUCUCGUUAACGAAAUCUACAUAAAUAUAUAUACUUUUUUGGCUUUGGAAUGUGACACAGCCUGUCAACCAUUUCUUUGAUGUGAAAGACAAAAAAAGAAAAAAAAAAAGAAAAAAAGCGCAAACAUCGUUAGUUUACCAACUCUGAGCCGAGCCUCCUUGUCCGGUUUCUCAAGAGUUUGCAAACGUUCAUUUUUAAUUUGAAAAGAAAAAAAAAAAAGCGAAAUAAAAACAGGAGAAAAUCUGCAAUGUGAAACAGGGACUGAUCAGACUUUACCGUAGCACAGCCCCUCAGAAGAGAUUAAAGCGCCGGCCUCGCGCUGCAAGCGGGGAUGCCCUUCGGAUUCCUCCUCUGCACAUUUUGUAUAAAUGCGAUCUGCCCGUUACUGUGGAAACAAGAGGUGCAAAUUUUGUGCAAUUGGAAAGCUUGCCUUUUUAUUUUCUUUAAAAAAAACAAAAAAAAAAAACACUGCUUAAAACUAAAAAAAAAAAAACAAAUUGCAUUUAUGCACUCAUCAAUAUGCACUAAUGGGUACUUGUCAUUUUACGCCGACAUCGUUGGGACGACGCUGGAGGUCCCCUCACAGUUGCCAGUCUCUUGGCUUAGACAAAUUACUGGCAGGUCCUGAUCGCCACCUGCCGCGACCAAUACUCUUUCACAUCUCUGACCCUUAACUAUGUUUCAAUUACUGCUGGGGGGAAAACAAACCGCAAGUAUUUUCUUGUGAAUUAAAUUAAUAAAGAGCAAAUCCUGGACUUCAAACGGAACACGGAUGGGAAAAUAAGCUCAGCACUAGGACAGUUUGAUGGCUCUCUCUGUUUUAUUUUUUAUUUUCAUGUUUUUCUACCGUCUAACCAACAUUGCCCGACCGCGAUGCAGGGGUUUUUCGACUCCUCCCAUCUGAGGAAAUAUGGGUAUAACAUAAUAAAUGUACAGCAAAAUCAUAGCUUACUGUAUUAUUUUCUAUUGGCUUUUAGUUUUCAAAAGCAUGAUGGUGCCUUUUGUUACAUCCUUCCAGUCUUACUGAUGAGACUGUGCUUUGAAAAGCACUUGUUAUUGACAGAGGAGCUGUUGCAGUUGUGGUAAUAUUUCAGUACAUUGCACUAUCCUGGUAAGACAAAGGGUUACAGGUACAAUUUAUACAAUCCCAGGCUGCCCACCUAUAUUUGACUUCAGGAAAGUUGCUGUAAUUUUUACUUUUUUUUAUUUUUAUUUUUUAAUGAAUAUAUACACUUGUUUAUAGUUUCUGUUCCUGGUUGAAAAGACAGUCAAUUGAGAAACUUGCCAGGGAAAAGGCGCCUGAAUUCUUUUCUCUCCAAAUGCUAUGAAUGGUUUAAAGUUGCAGUUGCUUCCAUUUGCUUUCCAUAGUCCAAUGUGUCUUUUUGGAACUGCUUCUUGCCACGAAAGCAUCUUCGAUAAAGUCAGAUGGAGAAAUGAGUGAACUGCUUGGUUUCUACGAGUGUGGGUGCUGUUCUCCGGGCAGGGGUCUCCUGGGGCAGCUUUACCAGUCUGCGCCAGCUGGAAGUGAGGAGAAGAUGCAGGGUUUGGACUGGAGAAAUUAAUCAUUACCUUGCCAUCCAGGGACCAAGGCGGGUGACUGUCUGGUUUCUGUAUAAAGACCCCAGAAUCCCUUUGGGCUACCUGGCGAGAGUCACACUUCCAAACAGAAGUACUCACCCUGGUCCUUCCUGGUCACUAACAAGCAAAUGCAUUGUUAACAAAGCUAAUAUUUAAUACAUUUACACAUUUUCUCUUGCCACCAGACCCCCAAGUACACUUGGUUCUUCUGUUCAAGCCUUUUCUGUUUUGACACACCAAUGUUAAUUGUAGUGGGGACACCCAUCAGUGUCGUUUCAACCCCAGAGCCUCGUGAAAAGUCAAUAAAUGGCCUGCCAAUGGGAUCAAAUGUCAUAUCGCUGCUAUUUUGAAAGGGAGACCUGAGCUGAAUCCUGUGGAGAGAAUUGCACAGAUCUUUGUUUACACAGACUGCUGUAGUCUAUUAGCAGGUCGUUUCAGACUGGUUUUGAAGUUGUCAAGAAUGUAGCGCAUUUUGAAUACGUCUCUUCGGAGGGGAGGAUCUUUCUUGUUUGUCAGUCUUGCACUAUUUCCAAUAUUUCUCGGACAAACCUGGUUUCAGUAACACUCCUUUGCAUCGUGUAUCUCCUGUUGGGGUCCGAGAAGCAAAACAUAAUGGACAUUUUCCCUUCAACCAUGGGAAGAAACGUUUCGUCUCCUGAAGCCCCAUAAACGCUGUUCUGAACAGGAUUUGAAGCAUAGUUUUUCAAAUAUAUUUUCCCCCGGUUUUGAUGGCUAUAGUUCGCCAACAAGAUUCCUGGAUCUGAAUUUUUUAUACUGUGUUCAGUUUCCAUUUGCAUUCCUAUAUAGCCACUCUCCACACCCCUGGGAUUCGUUCAGUUUUAUCUGUCCCCUUUAAUGUACCGUUUGUAGGUAUUGAUAACUUUGCCAAUAGCUUGGUGCAGGGUCGUCCUACCUGGUGCAGCGAUGCUACAUUGUCAGUUUCCAUGAGCGCGCAGUACGCAGUUCCGUUAUAAACUACUGGCUAUUCUCUGGACUGUAGUUGCGCAUUUGGAAGGGCGGAACUAUGUGUGACAUCAUAAACCCGUGUACAAGGGUGUGUACGCAACCUCCAUGACCUUGGACGACCGAUUUUUAUAGUUGCGAAGGAGAGAAAGUGGGAGGAGCAAGCAUGCUCUUUUUUUUUUUUAAUCUUACAGCAUCAAAGAACUAUAUAUGGUGACUCUGGCUUUUUUCCCCCACAACCCAAAUUUAGUGGGUUAUUUUCACCCCCUUUUUAUCAGAAGGAAAAUUAAAGCAGUGGCUGUUAAUCUUUUUAUUCUUUCCGUUGUUGAUAAAGCAGAAGAAAAUCUAAGAAAGCACUAGAAAGAUCAAAAUAUAACAUUCCAAUCCUGAUUUUGUUUUCAGCGGAAUUGGAUCGCCCUAUUUAGCAGGUGUGGUAAGCAAUGGUUUGCCAUGUUAACUUUUGUCUUUUUAUUUUCUUUUAAUAGUAGAAAACGUGUUGCAGGUGGAGCGUUUCUAUUUUAGUUUACCAUUUUGAAUGUGUUGGACUUAACAUACAAUAAACUACUGAUAUCUGCAUCA